UGGCUCAGAGAAGAAAAGUCAUUAUCAGCCACACUGUGAGUUUGAGUCUAACCUGUGCUACGUGAAAACCCUAUCAGAAACAGAGAGAGGCAGAGAGAAUGAAUGGAUAAAUGAAGGAACGGGUGAACUUGAGUGUGGUGGGGAAUGUCUGUUAUCUCAGCACGCAGGAGGCAAGAAGAAGAAUGCAAUCCAUGGAGACAGAUCCCCCUCCAACACCACAGAAGCAGCCAGCAUGCCAGUCACCAAGUGUCCAAGAAAAUCACAGCCCCUGUGGAAAGGGUUUGACUGGAAAGCCCAGAAGAAUGGACUGAGGCACCAAGUAUUUGCUGUGAACGGAGAUCACUAUACGGGCGAGUGGAAGGGCAACUUGAAACACGGGAAAGGAACACAGGUCUGGAAGAAGAGUGGCGCUAUCUAUGAAGGGGACUGGAAGCUUGGCAAGAGAGAUGGCUAUGGCACCCUCAGUCAACCUGACCCAGAGACUGGAAAGUACAGGAGAGUGUACUCAGGCUGGUGGAAAGGCGAUAAGAAAUCGGGCUAUGGGAUCCAGUUUUUCGGACCCAAGGAAUACUACGAGGGUGAGUGGUGUGGCAACCAGCGCAGCGGGUGGGGACGCAUGUACUACCACGACGGCAACAUCUACGAGGGCCAGUGGAAGAACGACAAGCCCGACGGGGAGGGCAUGUUGCGGCUGAAGAAUGGGAACCGAUUUGAGGGUAGCUGGGAGAGAGGCAUGAAGAACGGCCAUGGGCGUUUCUUUCACCUGGACCAUGGUCAGCUGUUUGAAGGCUUCUGGGUGGACGAUGUGGCCAAAUGUGGCACCAUGAUCGACUUUGGCCGUGAUGAGGCCCCUGAGCCCACCCAGUUCCCCAUUCCUAAGGUGGAGAUUCUAGACCCAGACGGCGUGCUGAAGGAAGCCAUAGCUAAGCUGAUGAAUUCCAAGGAAGAAGACAGCUGAUGCCAGAUGAGGGGACACAGCUGGCUUGCCACCUCUGAUGCGGCUGAGGCCGCUCCGGGUCCCUGAGCAAUGCUCAUCUCCUCUUAUCACUAAAGGGCUCAGGGCAGGACCAGAGAGGGUAAGGUUCUUGCCUCCUGUAGUCCGGCUUUUCCUUCUUGGUCACUCCUCUUUGAAACACAUCUUUCUAGAAGAAGCAAGUGCAUUCCAGUCCUGUCCAGCGCUCUUCAGUUGCAUUCAUAGCCUCCUCGGGUGGUACGUUCCUUCUAAAGGGCCUUGAGUAAGGCUGUGGGCCCUUGGCCUGCACGAACCCAACUGUUGGUGGGGGCCUUGUCCUGG